AUGCGUGGCCUAGGAGCUCUUGCCGCGCUGACAGCGUCAUUAUCAACGAUAUCCCAAGCCCACAGCCUUGACGACUUCGUCUCCCCUCCGAACAUCUACCGCCCAAAGUUCAGAUACUGGCUCCCAGAUGCCGAAGUUGACAUCGAAGCCGUCACCCGCGACGUGGCCGAGAUAGCCUCCGUUGGCGCCGGCGGCCUCGAGUUCUUACCCUACUACCAGUUCCGCUCGCCUUCAGCAAACUGGUCAACCUACGGCUACGGCGCAAACGCUUCUCGUACCGUCUUCCGCGCGGCGAUGCAGGCGGCCGCGGACAAUGACAUCCUCUUUGACUUUUCAAUUGGCGCGAAUCAGGGGCAGGGCGUGCCCUCGGAGCCGGAGAGUGUUGGGCUGGCGUUGGAGUUGGCAUACGUCAACAUCACAGUCGCCCCAGGACACGUCUUCAACGGGACCCUUCCCCUUUCAACUCAACCCGCGAGCCCCUCCCUCCACUUCUUCAUGCACCCCUGCGAAGAAUUCGGCCAGCAGAACCUCUCCUUCGUCCUAGCUGUCGAAGAAACACCGGCAUUCAAUGCUUCAUCCACAGCAGUCAAUCUCAGCCGUGUCAUUGACAUCACCACCUCAGUCGAUCCCUACACGAAAUUCAUCUCAUGGACGACCCCCAAAGACUCACAAAACGCAUGGCGCAUAAUGGCCUGGUAUACACGCUACACCAACCAGCGCUCCGUCGAAGGCGCGCCCGAUGCCGCGACGUGGGUGCAGAAUGGGUCCUGGGUCACCGAUCACUUCAGCGCCGCGGGGGCGAAGAAGCUGACGGACUUUUUUGACGAAUACAUCGUCCCCGAAGGGCAGGACAGAGAGCUCCUCGCGCGGGUUGGUAAAUACGCCUGGGAAGACAGCAUGGAAAUGGACACGGCCCUCUGGUGGACGCACAACUUCGCCGAUACCUUCCGCGCAGAAAGAGGCUACGACAUCGCAACCUGCCUCCCCUUCCUCAUUCAACGUGAAAACUACUGGGCAGCCCAAAGUCUCCCCUACGGCGAAUCCUUCCUCUCAAAGGACAAAAGUACCAUGGUCUCCCGCUGCAACGACGACUACCGCCUCACCCUCCAAGCCGGAUACGAAGACUACAUCCUUACAACCUCAGAAUGGGCUCGCAAACGGGGACUAGAAUACUCCAACCAGCCAGCCUACAACCUGCCCCUGAACAUGCUCGACUCAAUCCCCCUCGUCAACGCACCCGAAGGCGAGUCCCUCGGCUUCAACGACUCUCCCUCCCUCUACCGCCACGUCUCCGGCCCAGCUCACAUGGCCCGCAACCCCGUUGUCUCCUCCGAAGCUGGCGCCGUCAACGGCGCAUCGUACACCCAGACCAUCGCGGACCUGCUCCGCACCGUCCGCCGCGGUCUCGCGGGUGGUGUGAGCAUGAAUGUCGUCCACGGGUACGCGUAUUCUGGCGUCUAUGCGCAGACGACGUGGCCUGGGUAUACCGUCUUCGCGUACACAUUUACCGACAUGUGGGGGCCACGGAUGCCGGCGUGGAGGGGGAGUAGUCAACACGUCGACAGUAAAGGUGACAACGAUACCAGUGAUGGGUUCAUGGCUGAUGCGAUGGCGUAUGUUGCAAGGCACCAGUUUGUCAGUCAAGUUGGUACCGCGAAGGUUGAUCUUGCGUUUUAUCAGUACGCUGCACCGUUCGACAAGGUGGUCUAUGAGAGCGACAAUCUUGAGAAGAUGGGCUUCACGUACGACUAUCUCGGCCCUGCAAGCUUCUCCUCCACGAACGCCGUUGUCGGCGAAGACGGCAUCCUUGCUCCGGACGGACCUGCGUAUAAGGCACUCAUCUUUGCCAACCAGACAAAGUUGACGCCGGAGAUGGCGACGCAAACGAAAGUGUUUGCGGAAGCAGGACUGCCGAUCUUCGUUGUUGGAAGCCCGGAUUUCCAGAGCGUUGGUUCAGACGGGGCCGCAUCCGUUCCGGACAUCAUGGCUCAGGUUCUUAUGAUGGAGGGCGUGCAGGUACUUGCAUCCGUGGAGGAGGUACCAGCUGCUCUUGCUGCUCUCAACAUCCGGCCUCGGGUCAUGUUCUUGAAAGAUGAUGCUGUUGAGAAGUGGUAUUCCUUCUCGCGAAGCACAGAGGAUGCGGAGGUUGUGUUCUUGUAUAACGACGGGGAGAAAUCCACGACUACGAAUGUUAGCUUCCUCGAUAUGGCGGGCAGGACACCGUACGUUCUCGAUGCCUGGAAGGGCUCGGCAUCACCACUUUUGCAGUACGUCGUCGAGGAGAACGACAUCGUCGUGCCGGUGACGCUCGUAGCAACCCAGACUACCAUACUCGCCUUCUCCAACCAGGCCUCAUUCGCAGAUGAUGAACACAACAGACCCUUCCUGCCUCGUCCGCCAAGCACUCACAUAACAUCGACCUCUGGUCUCCUCCAAGGCUUCUUCUAUACCACGUCCCGAGACCCCAACACAAAUGCCACGGCCAGCAAUUACCGCAUCACAGCACACCUCGCCCCCGGUACCACGAAAAUCACCCUCUCCACCGGUAAAACCCUAACUUUCAACACCUCUCGGCUCCCAGAAGCAACAACCCUCGACGUAUGGAAUAUCACAGUCAAUGACUGGCGCAGCAGCAACGACUCCCUCUCCAUGGAAACCGCCAUCACACCUUACCGGUUCCUCAACAGCCCGCUAGCGCCCUGGAAAGAUCUAGACCCCGUGAACCUGGCCAACACAAGCGGCACAGCAGACUACGAAGCCACCUUCCAAACCCCAUCCUAUUCUACCGCGGUACAGCGCAUAGGAGCCCAUCUCCACCUAGGCGCCAUCACGGACGCAACGGCACUCCGGGUCAACGACGAGAGAAUCGUUCUCGACGUGAACAGCUCGCCUGACGUUGUGGUGGACAUCACAAACUACCUGAAUCCCUCCGAGGGCGCCGACAACGUGGUCAUGGUAGAAGUUGCCUCAACGUUGUAUAACCGCGUCAGAGCUGAGCAGGAUAGCAUCAUGACGUCUGGUGGCGCUGCUUCUGUUGCGGGUGCGAAUUACUUCAAGGCUCAUCCGGCUGAAGAGUAUGGACUCAAGGGGCUGGUGUCUGUUCAAUGGGUCGAGGUUGUCGACGUCCUCUGA